GCUGCCUUGACAAAAACCAAAGAAUAACUGCUUAAUAUACAACCAUUUUGCUGGAAAAAUGUUAACGCACACAAAAUUUCUACUGCUCGCCUUGUUUGCGACUUCGGUCACAGCCAUGGAUCCCACAAAGCCCACCACUACCAAACCAAUAUCUGUUACAACCGAAGUCAUAGAAUCAGCGAAGGAUCCCCAAACAAAUGUGGCUACAGGAUCGACCCCGAUGGAUGGCGCCACUGAGCGACCGACGGCACAAUUCGAUAUGAUGGCACAACGUAUGGACAUCAGCAGUACGCAAGGCGAAAACGAUGAGUAUCACUACUUGUGCACAGUGGGCAAAAGUCGUACACAAAAUGUGAUGUGCUUUGCUGAGGACAAUACGCACUGGGACUCACCACACAACGUGAACCUGAAACUCCGUUGUCCUAAAUCGGGUACCGGUUAUGAGAUCGCAUUCGCUCAAGUGGAUGUCUGGAUGACGUCUGAUGAUUUGGUAUGUCGCGUGACUGAGGGUGGUGUGGGUUAUGGAUACAUCGGACUACAGCUGACCGCCUACAAUACAAAUGAGUUCCAUUAUAUUGCGGACGUGUUUUCGGUUUGACCACAGAACAAAAGGGCAAACGGAGUAAAUGCAUUGAAUUUCGCAAAGUAAAAAAAAAUAAUAAGA